AUGGCUCGAUGGUACAACAUCGCGCAAGCGCUCCUUCUCGCUGGCGCACUCAAUCCGGCAGCGGCCGAAAAGAGCAGCUUUGCCGGCCGCCGGAAUCGCCUGACCACUCCGGCGUCCGAAGCCGCUUCUGGCCGGUACAUAGUUGAGCUACAAGCCUCAACCGGCCCGAACGCCAGACAAGAUGCCAGAGUCGCAGACUCUGUUGUCGACCACAUCACAUCCCUGGGAUACGGCGCCAAGGUGAAGGACGAUUUUUCUGCCAUCUCCGGUCGCUUCAAGGGUGUCUCGGUGGAGAUUACGAAUGACAAGUCCACCGGCGCUCUAGAUGACAUCAAGAGUAUCCCCGGUGUGGCUGGCGCUUGGCCUGUGUAUCCUAUCACCCUGGACGCGUCCUUUGAAGUUACCACAGGCUCGCAGAAAUGGAACCCGCAUAUCGCCACGCGCGUUGAUGAGCUUCACGAGCGCAACAUUACUGGCGCAGGCCAGCGCGUCUGCGUCGUCGACAGUGGUGUAGACAUUUCUCAUCCAGCUUUGGUCGGCAAAGUUGCUGGCGGCAAGAACCUGAUCGAGACCAACUCAACUGAGCUCACCGACUGCGCCGGCCACGGAACCUUCGUCUCUUCCGUCAUUGCGGCAUCGCAUAAGGACUUCUCUGGCGUUGCUCCUGACUCGGAAAUCUACAUGUACAAGGUCUUUGGUUGCGAGGACUCAACCUCCAACGACAUGGUUCUCAAGGGUAUGCUUGCUGCCGAUUCGGACGACUGCGACAUUAUUUCGGUGUCCAUUGGAAGCAAUACUGGCUAUGCCAACUCCGUUCUCUCCCGCGUCGCGAGCGAGAUUGCUCAGGACAGACUCAUCAUCAUCGCUGCCGGUAACUCGGGUGAGAUGGGGCCGUACUUUGCCAGCUCUCCUGCUGCAGGCCGCGGUAUUGUCUCGGUUGGGUCUGUUGAGGCUUCACAGACUCUUGGAUGGCCAGCGAUGCUUGUAUCUUCCAGCGGUCAAUCGUUGAACAUUUCAUAUGUCAGACCCGAUGGCACCAAGUUCAAUCAGACAGUCGAUGUCCCUAUCGUUCCAGACAGCGGCGACUCUUGCAACAUCGCUGGCUCUGGGUCUGAAGACACGGCCGUGCUGGCUAAGCGCGGUGUAUGCCCUCCUGCAAGCUCAUACUCUUCCAUCGCAAGCGGCGGCUUCGGGUUCGGCAUCCUCUUCGACUCGUACAAGCAGGGCGCUUAUUACAUGUCUGACGUGACCCCCUGGUCCGACACACUCAAGUUGAUGGCAGUGACGACUUCCUCCGUCGGUGACUGGGCUUCGACGCAGAUUGGAAAGAACUACACUCUUCGUCUUCAGAUUCAAGCAGACGCCCAGCCCGCGGCAUUCGCUGCAGAGGUUCCCAGUUCCGGCCAGAUCUCGAGCUACACAUCCUGGGGCCCAACAUACGAGAAUGGCUUUUCGCCCAUCAUCUCAGCCCCCGGAGGUGUCGUUUAUGGCGCGUUCCCCGACAACCGGUAUUCCAUCUCUUCGGGAACCUCAUUUGCGACGCCUUACAUCUCUGGCGUUGCAGCCUUGUGGUUUGCGCAUGCGAAGAAAGAUCGCGCCGAGUUCGUCCGCCGCUUGACCUCGACUGCCGUGGCUCUUCCUGCCUUUGACAACGGCGACGCCCGUGUCGUGGCGGAGAUUGCCUCUCUUGCUCAGCAAGGUGCUGGUCUCAUCGAUGCUUCCAAGCUGUUUGACAGCACUACGGUCUUGCUUUCUGAGCCCACCCUCUCAUUGAAUGAUACCGACAACCGUGUCACAACGCAUACCAUUCGCAUCCAGAACACCGGGCCCGAGGAAGUGACUUAUAACGUCACUCACAUCCCGGCAUCUACAGUUGCCUCCAGAAACUCGAUCUGGUACCCCAACGUAUACUAUCCGCCUCUCCUGUCCGCAACCGGCUCACUUGCGGAUGCAAAGACCGUAACCGUCCCUGCUGGAGCUACUCAGGAGAUCGAGGUCACCCUGUCUGCCCCAUCUCUCGAUGCCGACAGCGGCGCACUUUGGAGUGGCAAAAUCCUCUUGGCAGGCUCUAAUAACGACCUGAUUACCGUUCCUUACAUCGGCGUCGAAGCUUCGACGUACAACUGGACCCCGCUCCACCAUGGCCCAGAGUCGUACCGAUAUGAUGAUUCUAACGGUGACCUGCUUCCGAUCGACUAUCAAGGGCGGGCCUAUCGCCCAGCCGAGGGCGAGUCACCGGAGACCUACUUCGCCUUCAGAUACGGUACAUACGAGUUCUCGGUGGACUUGGUCGGCGUGGAUUGGACCACAGAACAGUCCUCGUACCCACCUCAGCAUGGUUCCGGAUCCAAAGCUUGGCUUGGGUCUGUCAGAUCCCAACCCGUUGUUCCCGGCGGGUACAUGGACUUCCCCAUGAGGGAGGUUGUCCGCUUCAACCAGGGUAGCUUCGUUACCUUCCGUGCAUUCGCUAACGGAACUGACAUCCCCUCGGGCCGCUACCGAAUUUUCACGCGUGCUCUGCGCAUCUUUGGAGACGCGUCCAACCCGAAGGACUGGCAGCUCUUCCUCUCGGACCCGUUCUCGAUCCAGCUUGGCAACGAUCCCAUUCCUGGUCAGAAUGCCACUUUCACCACGAGACAGCCUUCGGCAACUGCGCCUGCUACGGCAACCUCCACGGGUGCCCCCGCUACAACAUCUGCAGUCGCUACGACCGUUCCCAUCUCCGUUCCAGGCCCUACCACCACUCUCACCGCCACUGCCACGCCAACGGGUCUAUCAGGUGCUUUCACUUCUCUCAAGCUUCAGCGCCUCCGCGAAGACACUCCGUUCAUCACCGAUCCCGAGGCUUGGAUGGAACUCCACGUUCAGAUUUCCCUUCCCAGUCCAGUUGCAGCAGACUCGGUCCUGACCUUCGCCGUUCCCGCUGAGAUCACCGACAUCGCCGAGGGCGACCAGCUGUCCGCAUCUGGUGCUCAGGCAGGAUCCACCUCUUUCGACGCCGAAACCCGCCUGUAUACUAUCGCCCUCGCCGACUGGACCACUUGGAACAGGAACAUGGUCGGCGACUUCUUCCUCAUGUGCCGCUUCACGCCGGCGUUUGCCGCCUCGAUGAAGCAAGGCACAUAUGUGGUUGAGUUCCCGACUGUUGACAAGGUCCAUCAGGCCACAGUGUACUACACAGCUGUGGACAGAUCAACUAUCUACGACCGACUGGUGACAUCGCCCUAUGACGGUGCCAGCUUGUUCACGGUCGAGGCCGAGAUAUCCGCCUCCCUGGGCCCAUGGGACUAUGUUCGUGUGGAGUCGUCCCACUCCAGCGACUUGGACGGUUUCGUCUGUGACAACUCUAGCGUCAUUGUCGGGCACGAGUUUGACGCCGAAAAUCGUAUCACGAGUUUCACCGAUGUUUCUGCCGAAGCCGUGGAGGUUUGCAACGUGAAGAACUUCCGAGCCGUGUACAACCAGACCCUGACCGGCGAUGAUGUUCUGCGUUUGACAAUGGGAAGCAUUCAGGGCGACCGUCAAGCUUGGACGCUUAACCUCGUUUAUCUUUUGGAUAUCCAAUUGUCAAACGGAAGUCUGGUGUUGUAUGAUGCCAGGAACUGGGCGUUUGAGAAGAACCCCCGCUUGAGGAGCCAGUCCUUCAAUGCAUUCAGUGGCGAGCGCGCCACCUAA